ACAGCUGAGUCUUUUCCAGUGAAUAUGUGGAACUCUUGUCCAUUCUUUUUUGCAGACAUGGCCACAAUUUGACUACAAAAGCAAGCCACUGGAAAUACUGGCUAAUUAGCACAAAGAGGGCACCCAGUUAUCAGCCUCCUGGGAGAGCAGGACACACACUGAGGAUACCUUUGAGGCACCAGCUAGGGUACAAAUGUCUUUGACUGCUCUCCUGUCACAGUCAGAAGAUGAGUCAGCACAGCCACUGCAGAAGCCAGCACCAUCUCUGCCUGAUCCCAACCACUGAAAAGCCACCUGGUGCCGCAGGUAAGCUGCAUGACUCUCUCUUCACUGCCAUCAGGAGGAUCAGGAAUGCCACUGGGGCUGGGAAAUAAACUGAAAGCAAGAGAUAAUGUUAGAGAAGACAGCCAUAAAGAUUCAGUCAUGGUGGCGUGGCAACAUGGUGCGCCGGACGUUACUGCACGCAGCACUCAGAGCCUGGGUCAUCCAGUGCUGGUGGAGGUCGAUGCAGGCCAAGAUGUUGGAGCAAAGACGGCGCCUGGCACUAAGACUCUAUACCUGCCAGGAGUGGGCGGUGGUGAAGGUGCAGGCACAGGUUCGAAUGUGGCAGGCCCGCAGGCGGUUCCUCCAGGCACGCCAAGCAGCCUGCAUCAUCCAGUCUCACUGGCGCUGGCAUGCCAGCCAAACCCGAGGCCUGAUCCGGGGCCGCUAUGAGGUCAGAGCCAGCCGGCUGGAGCUUGACAUCGAAAUCCUCAUGACCUAGGGCACUGACAGAGCCAAGGAGGCUGGAUCUCUCUUCCAAUAAAGACCCUUACUGACCAUA